AUGAUGGUAGCGAGAGGCUUUUGUCUCUUCAACAAGUGCUACAGGGGGAAUUUUGAAGGGGAUCUUCAGUAUCACGAAGUCCCUCAAGUAGAGACGCUAUCGGCUCCAACCAAAGUUGGCCCUGUUUUUAAGGGUGAUAUCCCUCAUGUCGAGGCGGGGGUCAGAGCUGCUUCUCCGGUUAGGGGAUCAGGUGUGGUUAGCGGCCAAGUCGUCUCCCGACGUCGGUCCGCUGCUGCGGAUUCCGCUCUUGAGGAGGAUGCCGCAUAUGUGGCUGUUGGUAUAGAGAGGGGGAAGCAGAUGGCACAAGUGUGGUCGGCUGGCAGCGGUCCUGGCUCGUGCGAUCCGGACGCUACAGAACGGUCUGUUGAUGUAAUGCAUGCUGCCAUCAGGGAUUUUGCCAAGACGGGCUUCGUGUCCUAUCUCUAUUUGGGUGAGCUCAGCCUUGCUAAUCUUCGCCAACUAUGCUCUGAAGAGGAGGAACUCGUUUCAGAUGGUGGUGCUGACGGUGCUGCCUCGACUCAACCUCGCCAGGGUUGA